AUGAAGAGGGAGGAGGAAGGUGAGCGUUUGCGCGUCGAUUUGGCUGAGCCGCGCGCUGCUUUCGACGCCUGUGUGAUGAGUGUUUUACAUCUACAAGAAGGUUCAAACCGUUCUACCAAGAAAUCUGACUUCCAGAAGCUUAAGAUCUGCAAGAAAAAGUUAUGCGUCGCCUGCUGGAAUUUACGGACGUUGAACAGUGAUGGCAAACUUGACGUUGUCACUCUCGCCGCAGAGGGAGACAAGUUGGACAUUUUGGGACUCCCAGAGAUUUACUUAUCAGACCGAGCAAUUCAGCACCUGAAGAUGGAAGGCAGUUCUACUGGUCUGGUAGCGAGGAUUCUCGCCGCGAAGCUGAAGCUGCAGUUCUGCUGCCUUCCUUUCUUCGAGCGGAGAACGCUUUGA